UGUGAGCCCAGAGCUCAGCGGACCGACAGACGAGGCUGCAAGCUAAAUUAUGUAGACAUUUAUGCAAACAGAGGCUAGUCGAAGAGGGAAGGUUCUGCAUGUUUUUAGAUGGGAAAUCUGUUGGGCAGCUGGCGCUUCAAGGAGCCGAGCACCGUGGAGGAAUGCGACUCGACGUGGGGGUCGGACUCCGAGAGCGACGAGCCGGCGGCUGAAGAUGACAGCGGCAUCUCGGAGUCGGUCAGCCCGGCGGAGAGCGAGCGGGCCAACGGGGACUCUUCUCCGCAGCUGACUGAAUCCCCUGAGUCUGUUCCAAAGAUGAAGAGGAGUUUCUACGCUGCCAGGGAUCUCUACAAAUACCGUCAUAGCUACCCGAACUACAGAAAGUCCAGACAACCCAACGAGUACCGUAACCUGCGCUUCUACCUAAACAAGAUCCCUCUAGUCCCAGAUGGUAUCUACAUAGAGGAGAUUCUGACAAAGUGGAGAGGCGACUAUGACAAACUGGAGCACAAUCACACCUACAUUCAGUGGCUGUUCCCAUUGAGAGAACAAGGGCUCAACUUCUACGCACAUGAACUGACUCAGGACGAGAUCAAAGAAUUCCAAAGCACUCGGGAAGCUAAGCGCAGAUUUCUGGCUGCCUACUCCAUCAUGUUGGACUUCUAUGGGAUCAAACUGCUGGAUAAGAGCGGGAAUGUAGCUCGGGCUCCCAACUGGCAGGAGCGUUUCCAGCACCUUAAUGAGUCCCAGCACAACUACCUGCGGAUCACCCGCAUCCUGAAGUCCCUCGGCGAGCUUGGCUACGAGGUGUUCAAGGCCCCACUUGUCCGUCUUUUCCUGGAAGAGUCGCUGUGCCACAACACCCUUCCCAACAUGCAACACAGUGUUUUGGAGUACUUUGUCUACACCAUCCGCCUGCCCGCCACCCGCAGACGCCUGCUCCGCUACGCUCGCCAGCACUACAGGCCAGCCCACGCCUUCCUCUGGGGUCCACCACCUAAAAGGCGAGGUGGUGCUGCUGGUGCUGGAGGGACCGUAGGUGCUGGAAGUAGUGGGAUCAGAGCGCCCGCUCCAACACCGGAGCCACAGAGGAGGGGGGAGGAGAGCAGCCUGUCUGCAAGUAGCGGGAUUAUCGUGUCUUCCCAUGAUGCCAUGAUGUGCCAGGAGCUGGUUGGAGCAGGGCUGAAGGGCUCCACAGGACUGGGCUCCAGUAUGAGAGCUGGACUGGAACUGGAGGGAGCGCUGAUGAUGGCAGGAGCCAGAGGAGAGAUGAGCGACUACAGUGAGAUUGUUCCUUUGUAGAGAAAAAGGUUUGAUUGUUUUUUAAUGAUGCAGUUCAAGAAAAAAAAGUCUUCAUUUAUGGCAAAGCUUUUUGAGCUUCUGGAUUAACCUGUAGGAACUAAAACACAUUAAUAGAACCAACUCAAGUGUCAUUAGAAACAACCCAGAUGAAGGGCUUUUCACUAAAAACUAUGAAGUGUUUCUUUUCUGAUAAGUCAGAUUAUCUGUAAUCAUAAUGGGGUAAUAAACUUGCCUUGGUCUGAAUCAAAAAUUAUCCAUAACUGAGCAGACUCAAGGCUUUCCUGAUCAGGGCUACAUCAACAUAGACAGAAGAUUGCCUUAUUUUAUGUAUUUCAGUCUGGGACUGUCUCUGACAUGACAAGAGUUCCCAGUACAAAGCUAUCAGCUGAUUGACUCGUCAGUCUGGUGAUAGUUUUGAUAAAACAGUCCCAUAUACUCAUCAAACAUUGCAGUAACUCUCUGAUUUUACUUUGUACAGGUGCUGUAAAGUCAAAAGUAAAAUGUGAAGAAAGAUCAGGAAAUGUUUAAUGUUUUCUUCCUUUUUUAGUCCUAACAACACAAUGUGUUUGAGGGAAGGAGUGUUAUCAUAGCAAUACUCUUAACUUGAUAUUCUCACUUUGUUGUUAAUAGUAAGAGGCACAACUCGAUAUUUAUCUGCACUGCUAUUUUUCUUGUAUAAAAGCUGAAGGUAGCCGCUCCUACAUAAAUUGUACAUAACUUAAGAGCAGAGAAAUUGACUUGUUGUGACUAGAUAUUUGUGAGGAACAGUGAAGAAUUCACCAAAUUUAUAGAUCACCCAUUAUCCUGUGACAUCAAGCUUAAAACUGGACAGAUAUACCAAGAGGAUGAUGUUGAUUGUAACCCUCAAAUUCCACAUACUUCGUCUGUGAGACACACUCAGUGGAAAAUUGCUCUCUUUCUAGUCAAUCUUUGCAAUACCACAUCACAAGCCAGUCUCCGGCAUGUGCCAGAAGUACCACUCCUCUCUUCCCUGCUAAAGAUACACACCAGGUAUUUUCAGCAGCGGUUGCUGCCAAAUCGCAUCAGUCCACAUGGAGCAGAUCAUCCCAUGAAGGAACAAGAACACACAAAGCAUCCAGUUAAUUACCCAGCUGUCAACCACAUUACUAUAUAAGCAUUGCUGCUUAUGGUGAUCAUUCGAUCACAGGGUCACAGAGGUAACAUGAUGCUAUUGUCAGAGGACAAUUCAUUUCGGAGGUGGGAAACCACCAGAUUUAUUUGACCCCACAUCCUUUCUAGAAAUAUCCAAACCCUUUUUUGUUUUCUGACGUACCUCGCAUUCAGUGUUCUUGUGAUCUUUUGUCUCCACCUGCUCAGGGCUGUGCUUCAGAAACAGUAUGUGGACUUUGCUCGCAAGUCUUAAAAAUCAAUGUCAUUUGAACCCUUCCUGAUAACAUGGAGGGACUUCAUAGCUACCAGUGUUGCAUUUCCAAUAGUUAUUAGGUUAUUUAUUGCUGAAUAUCACACAGCUGUACAAAUAUACCUUCUCCACUCUGAGUGAGAUGUCAAAGGAAGAUGGCGGCUAUGCAAAUAUGGUGAAUAGAAGGGCUUUUAGGUGACAUUACUACUCUCCUAAACAAAUGGCACCAUGGAGGUCUACUGGAAGAGGGUCUGUCUGCAACAACAGACACCUGUAUAUAUUUUGACAGAGUUUGGUAAGACGACAUACUGGUUUAUUGCUAAUCGAGCCAUAGUCAGUCACUUGUUUGUGUGUCCUUGGGCGAGACACCUGACCCCAGUUUGCUUAACUGCUGUGUCAGUGGCGUGUGAAUCUGGAUGCAUAUGAAUGAUUGCAAUUACUGAAGCAGCCUUUGCUAUGAGUGUGUGAUUGUGGAGUGAAUAUGUAAGGGUGACUUUCCAUGUAGAAAGGCUUUGAGUUGUUAUGACUAGAAAUGUGCUAUACAAGUUUGGCUACUUCCUCGUUAGAUUAGCUCUCACGCUUUCCAAGUCUUUUCAGUGCAAAUUGUUCACUUACAGCUAAAUUUUAUAAUGCCAACAUUGUUAAAACGUUUGCAUGGGUUAUCUGAAAGAGCAAUUCAAGAUAUCUGCACACUUUUGUAUCCUGUUUCCUAAACUGGAAGUUAAGUAUAAAAAUGCCCUCCAUGGAUUCAACUGUUUGGAUGAUCACAUUGCAUUCAUAUCACUGAUAAUCAAUAUGAUUCAAUAUAUAUCUGACACUUGCAUGCUGUAAGGACACAUGAAUGAAGUGUGUUGAAUGAAGUAAUUUUAGUUAGCUAUUCUUAGCAUCAUCAACAGACAGCUGUAGUUUAGAGAAAAGGAAAUUUUUUAACACCUAAGAAAAAGCACACAAACAAGGAAGGUGAAAUUUAAAAUUCAUGUCCUCUAUAUUUACUGUACCUCCAUGGUCUCCACCUCACAAUUUUGGCUUCAAUGAUUUUUACCUUUGUAAACCAUUUCUCCAUCUGUGGUUUAUAAAUCAAAAUGUGUCUUUAUUCAGAAGGCUGCCACAGAGACUUGUGAGUCACCUACAAGCCCUUUAACUGAAGUGAUCAAGGAAAAGGGGUGUGAACUGAAGUCAAUGUGAACAAACGUGAUGUGUGUUGUGUUGCACUUUUUUGACAAUCUGUGUCUUCCUGUGGAAAGCGGUGGCUGUAGGUUUCUGAAAACUGUUUGUUUUGAAAUAGAUCUACAUAUAAUCUAAAAAUGAUAAGAAACAGGUUGUUUUUUAUUUCUCUUUUUUAUUGCCUAAAGUUGCAAUAAUUUGGCAAUAAUUAGGGCCUGUUUCCAUUACAAUCCUUUUCUGGUGCUAGCAACACCUCGAGACAUGGAAUUUGUACCCUGGAAAGUUGAUAUCAAAAGUCCUGCCUCUUCUUUUGAUUGGUUGGUGAGUGAGAAGCCCUUAAAAUACUGAGUUACAUUGGUUUCGUAUGGAAAAUAGCCGCUACCAGUGCAAAAAUAGCGAUAAUGGGUACAGGCCUUAAGUUGUUUUCAACCAGAUUUCACACUGUAUGUGGUGAUAUAGCUGGUUUUGUUCCUCUUUAAUAACGUUGUAGAAAUAAGUUAAAUGCCAAAAAUACCCACAAGUCACUUCCCCCAUUGCUGUAUUUAAGGCCCUACUUUUAGCUUGUACAUCGCCCCUCUUAAAGUGGUGCUGUCAUGUGUUUGAGGGUUAGCAGCUUCUCCAGAAAGUGAAGCUUUUUCUCUGCAGAUUUAUGCUCACCUCUGAUGUGAGAUGUUGAUGAGGCAUCAUAUCAUCACCCACAUCAUGCCAGAGGCUCACAGCAUCACCCUACCUGUGUGUUGUUUUUAAUUCAAGAACCAGUCUCUGCCUGGUUUGUCAGGAGGAGUGCAUUGAAGAAGUUACAGGCAGUUCAGUUCUGGUCAUUCUCAAACCUGGGACCAUUUCUUGUUUUGGAGUCUUAAAUUCUUUACAGGUACAAUAAGAUUCUCUAGUAUGUCAGUUUAAUGAUCCAACCAUCAACCAAGAAACAUGCACAAAAAGUUUAAUGAAGCAUUGGCUAAGGCAUCCUAGUCACACUUCUGUGGGGAGUUUUAGCUGGUUAUGAAACAGGCAGAGCCUCUUUACAAUAAAGCAAAAACAACUAUCAUUAAGAUUCACUUUUUCUUUCCAUUUUCUUAUAAUGCCUGAAAUCCAUAGAUAAAUAGAUCUUGGUUUGUAUAGCACCAGUUCAUAGCUAAAGUUAUCUCAAGACACUUUGAAAAGAGGGCAGGUCUCGACUGGACUGUCUGAUGUAGCUUGUCAGUAGACCAGUACUAAUCAACACUGCAAAAGAAGUAUUUAGCUUCAUUACAGUCUUCUGAAAUUUACCGGGUAACCAUGUUUUGAGAAAAACACCUAAUUUGUGAUCUCAGGGCAACUACAUUAUCCACAAUCCUAGAGUGUAACAGCGACGUCUCUGAUUGGCUGAUCCUGGCCCCAUGCAUGAAACCUCCAUGUCUGUCUGACACUGUUGUUUUUUCAACAAUAGACUGUUCAAAUGGGAAAAUAAAAUAUAUGAUCAUGUAGAGCAGUAGUUCUCAACUGGUGGGUCGUAGAACUGUUUUUAGUGGGUUACAAAGGUGAACCUGGAAAAACAAAGGCAUAAAGUCCAUGACGUACAUAAGGUCUAAGCAGACAAACUCUAUUUUAUUCUGUUUUUCCCUGAAAAUAGGUAUAUUUUGGUCAUUUUCUCCAGAAGUAAACAUAAUUAACUCCUUAACACCUGAAACCUCAAGUAGCCAGAAAAUUGAAAUGUUUUGGAACUGAGAUGAUUAUUCAACCUUCUCAUGAAAUCCAAAAAAAAAGAAAAAUUGCCAUAAAAUUUCCCUUUUUUGUAUCACAUAUAAUGCAUUAGACAUUUCUGGCAAUUGAUAAUCCACCGAAGGGCAUUUUUAUCAUUUACCAGAUUGUAUACAAAUGGUUAUUGAGGAAAUUAUUGAUCAUGUUGAUUGGACAGAGAUCUCACAGAAGUGUGUAUCAAAUAUGAUACAAUUGGCUUUAAUGGCUUAACUCCUUUUCUUGGGGAACAUAACUGAUUUUCUCAUUUUCAUAUGUGAAUUUCUCAAAAUAUCAAGGAAACAACCAAAAUUUACACUUUACUAUGGGGAACAAAUUAAAAUACAGUGUGUUCAUGCAUGCCAGUUUAGGGUUUCUGUUCUCCUGUCUCUUUUUUUGUCGCCAUUCAUGGUACAAAUGUAAAUAUUCUUUUUUAAAUAAGUUAAAGUUGUUGACAUUUUUCAGGAAUCUGGGUCGUGUUUCCAACCUUGUUUUAAGAAAAACGUAGUUUAUUAGGGAUCUCAGGCAACAGCACUUCACGUCACACAAUCCUAGAGUGUCACAGCGACAUCUCUGAUUGAUGGAGCUACAAAAUUUGCCUAUCUGCUGUUAUCAUUGAAGUUGACAGCCAGGGGAAAAGUGCACAAGGCAGUGUGACUGCAGACCACUGCUGUCAGGAAGGAAAUCCACAAAAACUUUAAAAUAAAGUCAGAUUAAACUUCAGGUUAGGGUAAGGGUCAAGACUCCAAAAUUUAAAGUGAAAAACCUGCCCUAAAAAAUCUGAUUAUGAAAUGUUUAACUUGUCCUCCAUGAAAACACUCAAUUCAGCUUGCGUAGCUAAACCGAAAUCUAACAAAGCUGUCUUAGCUUGCGUAGCGAAAGCUAAUGUUGCUACGGCCAACAUAGUUACAUUACCUACGUAGCUUUGUCAACCUAAGCUACGUUUGCUUAAGCUUCAGUUUCUAGAGCUAACAUUGCUUCAUUGGCUUACAUAGUAACAUUAACUAUGUAGCCCGUGUAGUUAUCUUAGCUUUUGCUACAUAGCUAAAGCUAACAGAGCUACCGUUUGCAUUAAACAGGAAACAUGUUGAUCCCUCUCCAGAAGAAGGCAACAACUGUUGAGCUCUAUGAUGACAUCAGAUGGCACCGACAGAUCAGCCGAUAGAAAAGUAGCAGUAGACAGUUUCAACCUGUACAUUUUUAACACAAUAAUAGAAUUUUAAUACUUUGUGCUAAAAUGCUAAGAUGUAGACCUUAAGUGAUCAGCAGUAUUACUAAAUCUCAACAUUUAUGUUUUUGAUAGAAAAAAAGUGGUCCGAUGGUUUAGUUACUCUUUAAGGUUUAAUAUCAGACACAACCGCUUUCCUCAAAGUACCAAACUCAAUUUUUUAUUGCUUUACAAAUGAUGUGUUGGAUCCAAAAUCACCAUUCAUAAACCUAUAAUAAAAAACAUCCUCCAUCCUUUCAUUUAGAUAAAAAAUAUUAUUAAUAAGGCCCAGGUUUGACAAUAAUGAAUCCCUUAUAGAAUGAUUCUGUUGAACUCUCAUCAGCUUUGUUGUCGAUGUGACUUCCUGGAUGCUUUAGCUAUCUAUCUGUGAGAUUAAAGCCAUGUGAGAUGUAAGACAGCGCUGAUUCUUACUGAAGUUUCCAGCUGUUCCUCCUGUAGAGUCAAGCCUUUUUUUAUUAUACACCAACAAGGUCUCUACAUCGCUCCCCAGCCACGUCUAUCUGAUACAAUUGUAAUAUUAACUUUUCAGGUGAAUUGUGUGAAAACAUGGGCUCAAGUAUCUGAAUUUUUCUUAUGUGUACAUAUGCGAGUAUGUGUCUGAUAUUCUUAAGUGCCUUUUUUGUAUUAUGUUUCUGAAUGCCGUCUCUUCCAACUCAUCUCCUCUACAUCCUGUUUUUUUGUAUAGCGUUUUUGAUAUUUGCAUUAUUGUUACAUUGUAAUCAUAUCUGAGUAUUAAUGUACAGUAUCAGCAGGAAUAAACUGUAGAGGAGAGGUUAUAAUGUAUACUACUUGAAGUUGUAUUGGGCUUAUUGAUUCAAAUGUGAUUGUUUAUUGAUGAAUCUUCACCAUGCUUUUAUCUUUCAGCAUAGAUUUACCACAAUAACUGGACUUUUGCCCUAAAAUGUGAAUUUGCCACACCUAUCUUCAAUAA